CGUCGACAAUAAUAACAUAGGACGCGAGCCCUCUUUUUCUAGCUCUGAUUUGUGGCAUCGCUGCGAACCCUUCUGCGCCGAUCGCCCGUCAUGUUCUCGCGUCUGGCGGCCAAGCGCCUCUUGGAGAUUCGCCGGGUGCUGCGUCCGUCGCUGCCGCUUUCUUCGCCCGCUUCUACUGCCGCAAGAUCCUUCUCCACAGCCCUGAACUAUCACAUUGAUUCGCCGGAUAACAAGCCCGACGCACCAUGGGAAUUUACUGCCGCGAAUAUGGAGAGGGUCAAGGAGAUAAUGUCCCAUUAUCCUUCAAAUUACAAGCAAUCUGCUGUUAUUCCUUUAUUGGAUCUUGCACAGCAACAACAUGGUGGAUGGCUACCCGUUUCUGCAAUGAAUGCUGUGGCAAAGGUUAUAGAAGUUGCUCCCAUACGUGUCUAUGAAGUUGCUACAUUCUAUUCAAUGUUUAAUCGGACAAAGGUUGGUAAGUAUCACCUCUUGGUUUGUGGAACAACACCUUGUAUGAUACGGGGAUCUCGAGAAAUUGAAGAGGCUUUGCUAAAGCACUUGGGGGUAAAACGCAAUGAAGUAACAAAGGAUGGAAUGUUUUCAGUUGGUGAAAUGGAGUGUAUGGGUUGUUGUGUCAAUGCACCUAUGAUCACCGUAGCUGACUACAGCAAUGGCUCGGAGGGAUACACAUAUAACUACUAUGAGGAUGUUACACCGAAACGAGUUGUUGAGAUCGUUGAGAUGUUGAGAAGAGGUGAAAAACCUCCGGUCGGAACUCAAAAUCCCAACCGUAUAAGGAGCGGACCAGAAGGAGGAAACCUUACCUUACUUGGGGAAUGCAAGCCACCUCCAUGCAGGGAUCUAGAUGCCUGCUGAAUUCAGUUGCAGCUUUAUCAUGAACUUUUUUGAAGCAUCAAAGUCUGAUAACUUGGCCUUGAGAUCGAAGUCUUUGCCAUGAGCAAUAAUUAUACUCCAAUAAACUACUUCAACUGGCUUAAAAUGAAUAUUGUUCCACUGUUUAUUCUUCGUGUCAUUUUUUCAGGCCCAUGGUCAUUGUUGUCACAAUUGAAAUGGCCCUCCUAGAAUGAAGCAACCAUGGCUUCUCUUUCUUGUGUUGGAGUAAACUUUUACUUUCAUGUUUGGUUCUCCAUGUUGGGGAUGACAAUUCAACCUAUCUUAAUGGAGAUAUGCACAAUGAGUUGUGAAGUUUCA